CAAGACCAAAUAAUAUAAGCUGCAGAACAACUAAAAUUGGGUAUAGACGAAUCCAGAUCCACAUGUCUCACUUAGGAGAUUCAGUCGAAAAGGACUAAGCUACGUUCUUGCUGGCAUAGGACUGUAUGAAUGUAUGAAAGCCAGUAGUGUUUAUUGUGCUAUAAGGGCAUGCUGAAUCAGGUAACAACACAUCCUUUAUGUGAGUGUUGAGGAGAGGCGGAGAAACCACCGCGGCGGGCUGGGCUCGCAGGAUCCUCUUCCUGUGUGAGUACACACAUGCUCUUUAUUCACCGCACUUUUUACACUCGUGCUUACGGUCCAGAGCUUGAAGACCGGGGUAUCGCAACGAGAAUCUUCCACUGGAAUAAGGAGAAAUGGUUGAAUGAAAGGCGACUCAUGGAAGUACACAUCUAGAAAGAACUGCCAGUUGUGAAUUCACCUUCUUCUAGAGAAUGUGGUUUCCCCUCUCUGCAGUUUACUCAAUUUCCGACCAUGACAAAAAAUGUGUCAUCAUCCCUAAACAUGAGACCAGUGGAACAUAGGGAAAGUCAAAGAGAGACAGACAUUCUCUCAGGGGUCUGUAAUGGAACCUCAGCAUCAGACAGGAAGGAAAGAACAAGGUGAACAGAGAAAGUAGUGGGACCACUUGUGAUGUGACUCACUGAUGAAUAGCGUCUGCUACCAAUGACUGGAUCAGAAAUAGAAGUAGCCAGGUUCUGGACCCUGUUGAGCCUUCCUGGGCCUCAUCCAGGGGAGAAGGCGGCGUGGCCAAUGGGCCUCACCCUUGACCACAGACAUACGGAUGAAGAACCCAGACAUUGGUAUAAGCAAUGUACAAUGAGACAAAUAAUGAGCAAAGUUAUCAUUCUGGCUGAUCUUCUCUGGUUAGUCAGACAUUAUUAACAAUCACACAGACUAGUGGACGGUGAGACUGUAUUCACCGCUGGAGGGUAAGGUGUGUCCAGUUGUGUGUGUUUCCCUGGGUCCUCUGGGUGAUAGCGGGAUGCUGCGGAGGGGUCUGCUGGCCUGGGUGUCCCGUGUGGGCGUUCUGCUGGUCGUAGUGUGCUGCUCUCUGUCCCUCCUCUACGUCAUGACCUGCAGCCCCCACUCCGAGGACAACCUGGUGAGCCAUGCCCUGCCACGCCCCGGGAUGGGGGUUGGGGUAGGAGGGGCAGCAGGGGGCACGGGGGCGGCUCAGAGCGGACCCACUGGGCGGAAUGGAUACCAAGCCAUGCUUGCAGAGCGUGAGGAGCAACACAAGUUCCACAUCACUAGUUUAAAAAAACAAAUCGCCCAGCUGAAGGAGGCGCUACAGGAGCGCAGCGAGCAGCUGAAAGGAGUUCAAGACUCCAUGGAGCGGGGGACAGGGGGAGGCCGGGGUGGCCAGUCCCCAGGAGGAGGUAUCCUUGGGGAGGGAGGACAAGGGCCAGGGGCCGACAGGAGCCACGCUGACCUUCAGGAGUUCCUCCACAGUCAGCUGGGCCGGGCGGAGGUCCACCAGGGGACUAGACUACCCAGUGAGUACGCCAUGGUGCCCUUCGAGAGCUUCACCCUGCAGAGAGUGUACCAGCUGGAGAUGGGCCUGACAAGGCACCCUGAGGAGAAGCCUGUGAGGAAGGACCGGAGGGAUGAGCUGAGUGAAGCGCUAGAGACAGCCCUGCAGAGUCUCAACACGCCCCGCAACGGAGCAGACAAGGGCCACACCACCAAGGUCUACUCAGCAUCAGACUUCAUAGAAGGUAUCACUCGGACGGAGAAGGACAAAGGCACUGUGUAUGAGCUCACCUUCAAAGGUGACCAGAGCCGUGAGUUCAGGAAGCUGGUUCUGUUCCGUCCCUUUGGGCCGCUGAUGAAGGUGAAGAACGAGAGGGUGGACACAGCUAACGUCCGCAUCAAUAUCAUAGUGCCCCUCUCCCAACGAGCCGACAAGUUCAGACACUUUAUGCACAACUUCAGAGAGGUGUGUGUGCGGCAGGACGGGCGUAUCCACCUAACUGUGGUGUACUUUGGGAAGGACCAAAUGAAUGAAGUCAGGAGCACGCUGGAGAACACAUCUAGGGAGAUCAACUUUAAGAACUUCACUCUGCUCCAGCUGAAUGAAGAGUUCUCCCGGGGGCGUGGCCUGGAUGUGGGUGCCAGGGCGUGGAAAGGAGGGAACGUUCUCCUUUUCUUCUGUGAUGUCGACAUCUACUUCACCGCUGACUUCCUCAACACCUGCCGACUCAACACUCAACCUGGUAAAAAGGUGUUCUAUCCUGUUCUGUUCAGCCAGUACAACCCAACCCUGAUUUACGGUAACCACGACUACAUCCCUCCAGUGGAGCAGCAACUGGUCAUUAAAAAGGAUACAGGAUUCUGGAGAGACUUUGGCUUCGGAAUGACAUGCCAAUACCGAUCAGAUUUCAUCAACAUAGGUGGUUUCGACGUGGACAUCAAAGGCUGGGGCGGCGAGGACGUGCACCUUUACAGGAAAUACCUUCACAGCAACCUGCUGGUGGUGCGGUCCCCGUCUAGGGGCCUCUUCCACCUGUGGCACGAGAAGCGCUGCGCGGACGAGCUGCCCCCGGAACAGUACAGGAUGUGCAUGCAGUCCAAGGCCAUGAACGAGGCCUCGCACGGCCAGCUGGGCAUGCUCUUCUUCCGACACGAGAUCGAGGCACACCUGCACAAGCAGAAACCCCAGAGGCUAAACACUGCCAAGAAGACAUGAUGAAGACAUGAUGAGGGAGUCACACAGGACUCUAGACUACAGGAGGAGGGCAUAACAGUAUGGCAGUCAGAGACAAUGAGGGGGAAACAACAACAGAACAGAGAUCUAUUGUUGUGAAUUGAUGACAACAAUACUGACUCACUACAGAGGAAAAACACUCCAUUUUAUCCUCCAAUGGCAAAAUGGAUAUAUAAAACACAGCUAAGGCACCUGUCGUAUCUUGAAGAAGUGAGAGCACUGUAAAAACAACAGUGAGAGUCAAAAGGAGCAGCAGAAAGACUUGACUGCUCCGCUGUAUUUUGUUUAAAAUCAUGUGCCUGGUGUUGACUGACUGACAGCUGGUUUUGAGAAUCAUGAUGUGGCAUCUGCUGGUCUUUCUUGAAGGCUAGAUAAAGAGUAGAACUAGAUUUUCCUGUAGCCUAUUAGAGACACCUUGUGGACUGGAAGAGAACAGCAUGACUGUGAAUGGAAUGAGGAUACUCUUAAUCUGAAGUCAUGUCAGCUGGUUACGUGACUCUCCUCAGAACUGAUGAUCAAUCAAUACAUUAAAACAGGCAUUACUGAGGGUUAUGUAGAGAGACAAUGGCAACAAUGGAAGUACAUGGAAGCUAUUAGAUAUUCAUUAUUUCUCAAGCUCCACAGAAUCAAUAUACAGAUGUACUAACCUAAUUUGAUCACUCCUUUGUUGCUGAUCAUUUUCCUGCACUGCAGCAAAUGCAUAUGAGCUUUGUGAGUUACAUAAAUUCACAGAAAACCCCAACUCUAGCCUGUUUACACCUGGUGCUAACAUGGGUCCUUUGUGCACAAUCAGAAUGUGGACAAAAUCAGGACAAAUUACGCAAGUUAGAACCAGGUAUAAACUAGGUUAAUACACGGUUAUAUUAACAGUAUUGCACUUUUCAUGUAGCCUACUUUUGGCCAGUUGAUAGCCAAACCACCGAUCAAGCAACAUUGGGGACUGCUGCAGGAUUAUUUUGCUGUGACAACACAGAUCAAAUUAAGAUCCUACAUCUAUAGUGUACUGCUUUUUCAUGAGUUUAACUAAUCAUACAAGUGCUUUUAUGUGCUUUUUUAUCAUCAAGAAACAAAAGAGUGUUUUUUGGGCGGUAUUAUGGUGUGCUGUUUGAGCAGGAAGCUAUGAGGGUGUCACGUUAGUCGUAAGAAUUAUCGGACCAAGGUGCAGCGUGAUAUGGUUUCCACAUGUUUAUUAACUGAAAAACAAUGAACGAAACGUGAAGACAAUGGCGUGCUCACAGGCAACUACACAUAAACAAGAUCCCACAAACACAGGUGGGAAAAAUAACUACUUAAAUAUGAUCCCCAAUUAGAGACAACGAUUACCAGCUGCCUCUAAUUGGGAAUCAUUCAAAACACCAACAUAGAAAAAGAAACUAGAACACAACAUAGACAUGGGUAUACUAGAUCACCCCCUAGUCACACCCUGACCUACUAAACCAUAGAGAAACAAUGGCUCUCUAUGGUCAGGGCGUGACAGAGGGAUAGGGAACAUGUUAUGGUCCUGAGAGAAAAUAUGGAUACAGUGUCCAACAUAUUUCUCAAUGUUGUUGAUUUUAUUAGGAUCUCUUUUAGUCCCCAUUUGGACUAAUCUUCCAAGAGUCCUUAACAUUAACUUAUAUUAAGAGAUAAAACAAAGACUAUCUACAAUAGUCAAAUUGUUUUGUGUAUGGUAUAACUGGGCAAAUAAUAUAUUAUAAUAGAUAGCAUACUCUUUGAUUCCAUAAUUAAGUUAUAAAUGCAGUGUUAAUGGUAGAACGGUCUUCACCCUCUAUCAGAAGUUCAGAAGUUUUAUUGUUAGAAAAGAUUUAAUGCCUUGCUCCAAAAAUUCUUAUAUAUUAUUUAACAAUGUUGUUAUCUGUAUUGAUAAUAUGCCUACUCUUCCUUAGAAGCUUAAAUGACGAUGGCUUGACACAAGUCUAAAUGACCCAAAGGAAGUUUAGAGGUAGUAGAAUGCCUCCAUGUCUAUAGAGCAGUUUAAGCUAGGUAUGGGCCAGUAUAGGCAGUCCAUCCACAGAGCAAUAUAGGCCAGGGGAUGGGAAGGUUAAGAAAAGGCCAGUAUGAAAGUGUAAAUUAAGACAAUCUGAAAUGGUUAGAAAUGUAAAGUUAGUGGCAAAGUGCCUCUGAUAUUUGAAAGUGACACAUGGCUUUUAUGUUAUCCAGCUGGAUUUCUACUGAGAGUUUUUCUUAGAGAUGUAACCUAUCGAUGGCUAAGCGCAGUAUUAUAGAUGAACACAUUUUCACAGGCUUGACAUUCACAACGAGUGACAAAGACUUUAUGCCAUUUCACUUAUUUGUCUUAAAUGUCAGCUCUGAACAUUUUGUGUUAACUGUAUAUUGAGGUGUUUGAUUACAUUCCUCAUGAGUAUUUCAAUCCCAUGACAGUAGUGGACUGUUUCACAUGGAAUAAUUUAUAUUAACCUACAUUUGUGUUGGAUCACCACAGCCUGUAAACAGAGUAAAGAAGACACUUUUUAAUGAAUGGUUAUUCUUUACAUUUGUUUGAUUGUUUCAUGAAAGGAUACUUCUUUCUGUUAAUAAUAAAUAUAACUUUCCUG